CCAAGCUGAGAAUCGCGUCUCUCUCUAAUCUGUCUCUGUUCAUUUCAUUUCGAUCUCAGGAGAUCAAUCGAUGGCAUCACGGGACAAGAAACCUGCGAAGCCUUCGAGCAGUAGAGCCGGUCGAAUCCGCACGCUUUCCGAUCUCAACCGUCAUACCGCACCGGAUUCUGACAGCGACGACGAUGCGCCGCAGGAGUACUACACUGGUGGCGAGAAGAGUGGCAUGCUCGUCCAAGAUCCUUCAAAAGGUAAUAACAAUAAUGAUGUUGAUGCCAUUUUUAAUCAAGCUAGACAGCUUGGAGCUGUAGAAGGACCCAUUGAUCAGCUGAAUACACCGUCAGCCUCUAGAAGCUUUUCCGGAACUGGUCAAAAGCUCUCUGGCGAUGCUGUGCCACCUGCUCCUCAGCAGCCUGAGGCUAUUGUUCACAACAUUGUUUUCUGGAGCAAUGGUUUCACAGUAAAUGAUGGCCCAUUGAGGAGGUUGGAUGAUCCUGAAAAUGCAUCUUUCUUAGAGAGCAUCAGGAAGUCGGAGUGUCCAAAAGAGCUAGAGCCUGCAGACAGGAGGUCCUCAGUUCAUGUCAAUUUGAUUAGGAGGGAUGAGAAGUGUCCAGAACCAGAGAAGCACCAUGUUCCAUUUCAGGGAGUGGGAAGAACUCUAGGUAGCAGCAGCAGUCAACCAGCUACUUCAGCUCCUUUAAAUUCUGCUCCCACCCCUUCCAUGGGCCUCGUUCUCGAUGAAACAUUACCAUCAGCAUCAGUUCAGCUUAGGUUGGCUGAUGGCACACGUAUGAUAGCUCACUUCAAUUACCACCACACAAUCAAUGACGUCCGGGCAUUCAUGGACGCAUCCAGGCCAGGGGGUGCUCAGAAUUAUCAGCUGCAGCUUGUCGGAUUCCCUCCUAAAGUUCUUAACGAUCCCACCCAGACUAUAGAGCAGGCCGGCCUCGCCAAUUCUGUUGUCAUUCAGAAAUUCUAGCCUAAGUUGCCUCAUGUUUGUACUUUGUCCACCCUUUUAAGUCAUUCCUCAGCUGCUUAUUGCAGUAACUACCAUUUCCAACAACUUAAAACUUGAAAGUUGAAAUGUCUACUUCUUAUAUAUAGGAAAGGAGGGGUUUUCAGCUUGUUUUGUGCUACUAAUUCGUUGAUUGUAGUUGUUAACGUUUUCCUCCUUGAUUAUCAAGUAUGCUAUACAAGCACAUUUGGGUA